UUGACAUGGAGCUCUUGGGAACGGUCAAUUUAAUUUACAUUUUAUGUCUCAUUAGCUGCUAUGCCGCUAACAAUGCAAGGUGUCAAGAUCUGGAAACUAUGCAUGAUACGGCACAAAAGCUGCUUUCAAGAAGAGCAGUUGGAAGCACUCAAAGGAUACGAAGCAGCUGAUGUUUCCACUUCCCGUAAAGAUGACAAAACGUAUCCCACAUCCUGUUUGACGUCCCAUUUCAAUGCAAGUGGCGUCUAUAUGAUACAGGUGCCGGGUCUGGCACCGUUUGCCGCAGCGUGCGAUAAUUGCUUUGCCGGAUACGGCUGGCUGGUCAUUCAGAGGCGACUGAAUGGCAGCCUAAACUUCUAUCGCAACUGGCAGGAGUAUAGGGACGGCUUUGGGGAUCUUUAUGGCGAGUUUUUUAUUGGUCUGGAGAAACUGCGUGCCAUCACAGCUCUGGAGCCCUUUGAGCUGUACAUUGUGCUCGAGGAUUUCGAUGGAGAGACACGUUUUGCCAAAUUUGAUGAAUUCGCGAUUGGCAACGAAGAGGAUUCGUAUGCACUCAAUGUGCUGGGCACCUACUCGGGCAACGCGGGCGAUUCGCUGCGUAGUCAUCGGAAAAUGAAGUUCUCCACCUACGAUCGGGACAACGAUCGCGAGUUUGCCAGAAACUGCGCCUUUUUGCACGUGGGUGCUUGGUGGUAUAACAGCUGUGUGGACAGCAAUCUCAAUGGACAGUACAUGGAGGGCGGCAAAUACGAGGAGAAGCUCUUCGCGCGCGGCAUGUGCUGGCGGGCCUGGCGUGGUCACAACUACGGCUACAAGUUCACCCAAAUGAUGAUUAGGCCCAAGUGCCGAACCUUUCCAGCUUCCUUUAAAGGCAACAAGGUCUCGCAGCAGAAAUGUGACGCGAUCUCUUAAGUCUUGAUUUGCAUGCGCGGCUCAACAUUAAUUCCGGACUUGUCACAGAAUAUGGCUACAUAAUCUUCCACUUGAUUAAUAUGCGGAAUACGCAUAUGUCGAGUCCCAAAUGAUUAACAAAUAUAUUUCAAGCAUUUUAUUUCCUGGGUAUACUAGUAUAUCUAUAUGAAUAAAUCUACCCUGCAUUCAUAUUUUA